AGGAGACUUCUGCUUACCUGUCAGUUGUAGUCAUUGCUAAAUUCAUGUAAUUUGGCUACUUGUGAGGCAGACCCCUGUCCUGACAGGAGGGAGUAUCUUGAGCUGUUUGUAGUGUUUUUUAAGCAUGGACAGUGAGGGGAGAAAAGUGGUGGUCUGUGACAAUGGGACAGGGUUUGUCAAGUGUGGCUUUGCCGGAUCCAACUUCCCUGAGCACAUCUUCCCCGCCAUGGUGGGUCGACCAAUCAUACGAUCUACCACCAAAGUGGGCAACAUCGAGAUAAAGGACCUGAUGGUGGGCGAUGAGGCCAGCGAGUGUCGCUCCAUGCUGGAGGUGUCCUACCCCAUGGAGAACGGUAUGGUGCGCUGCUGGGAGGACAUGCUCCACCUGUGGGACUACACCUUUAGUCCCGAGCGCCUGGACAUCAACCCGUCAGAAUGCAAGAUCCUGCUGACUGAGCCGCCCAUGAACCCCACCAAGAACCGGGAGAAGAUCGCAGAGGUCAUGUUUGAGAAGUACCAGUUCCACGGCAUUUACGUGGCAAUCCAGGCUGUGCUCACUCUCUAUGCUCAAGGUUUGCUGACCGGUGUGGUCGUCGACUCUGGGGAUGGCGUCACCCACAUCUGUCCGGUGUAUGAGGGCUUUUCUUUACCCCACCUCACACGCAGGCUGGACAUCGCAGGACGUGACAUCACUCGCUACCUCAUUAAGCUCCUGCUUCUCCGCGGCUACGCCUUCAACCACACGGCCGACUUUGAGACGGUGCGCAUGUUGAAGGAGAAGCUCUGCUAUGUGGGAUACAACAUCGAGCAGGAGCAGCGCCUCGCCACAGAGACCACAUACCUGGUGGAGUCGUUCGUGCUCCCUGAUGGCCGGCAGGUGAAGGUGGGUGGAGAGAGGUUCGGGGCUCCUGAAGCUCUCUUCCAGCCUCAUCUCAUCAACGUUGAGGGAGCAGGAGUGGCUGAGCUGCUGUUUAACACCAUCCAGGCUGCAGACAUUGACCUCAGGGCAGACUUCUAUAAGCACAUUGUCCUGUCAGGAGGGAGCACUAUGUACCCCGGCCUUCCAUCCAGACUGGAAAGAGAGAUCAAGCAGCUCUACCUGGAGAGGGUGCUGGACGGGGACACUGAGAAACUAUCAAAGUUUAAGAUCCGCAUUGAGGACCCUCCCAGGCGUAAACACAUGGUGUUCCUGGGCGGCGCGGUGCUGGCCAACAUCAUGAAAGACAAGGAUUCCUUCUGGCUGAGCCGGGCAGAGUACGAGGAAAAAGGCCUGGGAGUGCUGCAAAAACUGGGGGGUGGAGUCAGAUAAAAAUGAAACAUCACCCAAAUAUUUCAAUUUUUAUAUCAACUUCUCGCCUCUCAUAGGCUUGAAAGGUUGGAAAAUCGUGCUCCUUCAUUCCCACUAGUGCUGGAACAGUUGCGAAAAAAACAGUUUUGAUAGUCGAUUCAUUGUCUUUCAUCAACAUUCUCUUGUUUCUGCUUCUCAGAUGUGAAGAUAUGCUGCUUUUCUCUGUUUAUAUCAUUGCAAAGUGAACAUUAUGUUUGGGUUUUGGACAAAACAAGCAGUUUGAAACUGUGAAACUUUGAAACUUUCUGACAUUUUAAAGAUUAAAGAGUCUCAGGUAUC